AAAAAAGCACAGCAGAGCACACAGAGAGGAAGUGCCUUCCAGCACUUGAGUUCUGAGAGCAAUUAGAGCUGUGGUUCACCUGGUUCAGGUGUUCCUGAAGGAGUUAACUCCAAAUUUUAUGGAGAGGAAAAAGAUUGUUUAUAGUGACUGCAACCACCAUGUGGUGUGAGAACUACAGACAAGUGACAAAACAGUGGGCAUGAGCAUAUGCCAGUAUAUACACAGACGCAACUACCAGCUGGGAAGUGAGAGAGUGGCAUAGGCUACUCUGGCUUUUUAUAGGAAGAAAAAACCCCAGGCUUCUUAGGCCCCUCCAUGGCACAGUGGUUAUUUGAGUCUGUAUUACUUCUUGUCACAUUGUCAAAUAUCCCCAUUGGCUAUGGGAGCCCAAGAUGUCAUCUGUUUGGCCAGUUAUGAUCUAUGGACUCGGGAUUAUCUGGUUCUGUUCACCAAAAACCAUUCCUGGAACCAAUAACAACAGCUCAGCUCACAUACAGACGGCAGCCCUCUGACCACUUCGCCGACCCAGUGUAGUUAGAGGACGCCUUCCUAAGGCGUGGACCUCAGGAGUGAAAGGAAAAUGAGGAGUAAUAGUGAAAUUGUCUUCCUUUGAAUACACUUUCUUUUCCUUUUUUUGUUUCCUUCACAAAAGACUUCAUCAUGAAAAGGAGGAAGCCCAAGCUGAAGUGAGUUAAAGACUUGGUCUCCAAAAGAAAACUGUGGCUUGGCCCUGAGUUGAGGUUUUUACAUAAGCACAAUGAAGAAGAAUAACAGGAAGUCUGCCACGAGGAUCAAUGAGGAAGACGACAUCUGCAUCCCAGACUCCCAGGAUCCAGGAGAGCUUCAAAAUAUGUUGGAUGGAGGAGAGUACGCCCCCUUUGUGUCUCCUCCCAUAUUAGAAAGCAAUUUUAUCCAGGUCAACAGGAGAGGUGAAUCCAUUUACCUGCAUAAUCGAGCCAACUGGGUGACUGUGGGCAUCUGCUCUUCCAGUCCCACCCACAAGAUCCCCAAUGUGAUGCUGCUGGCACAUCUGACACCUGCCGCCCAGAAGGACUCCGAACCCCUGUUUGAAAGUCUUCUGACAUCUCCUUCUUCAGAGAAACUGGUGCUCACCAGGUUUCUCCCUCUGCAGUUUGUGACUCUUUCUGUGCAUGACGCUGAGAAUAUGCGCAUCAAAGUAAAGCUGGUGAGUGGCCGAGCCUACUACCUACAGCUCUGCGCCCCGGCCUGCAAACAAGACACGCUAUUUUGUCAGUGGGUGGAACUCAUCUCCCUCUUGAAUCAGGAGAAAGCCAAAGCUUCCAAAGUGUCGGAAGUCUCCAGCCUCUCGGAAAUCACAAAUAGCACCGACAUCACAGGCUCCGUGGACAUCAUGGAUAUUGCAGCCUUCACAGCUAUGCAGGCCUCGCACCUGCACACAUGUUCAGACCCCAUAGAAAGCACUGAUUUCUCAGAAUUCACGGACGUCACCGACGUCACCGAUGUUACAGAUGUUCCAGAAAAUGAGAUCACAGAGGCCCCAGAUAUAAGAAUUGUCACAGAAGUCACAGAAGUCACAGACCUCUGUGAUGCCACAGGGGGCUCAGGGGUCACAGUGGUGUUUGAGAAUGAUGACAUACUCAGGGCCAAGCAAGAGGAAAAGGACAAAACGGAAACCAUUCUGAAGCCUGGGUGUCUACGAGAUACAAAAAGUAGAAAUGAGUUUCGAGACUCCUCAAAACAUGUCACCAUCUCGAACCUAACGCUGACUUUCGAAGGUGAAAGAUGCAUUCAAACAACUUUGGCUCCAGAAGAAAAUGAGAUGAAUAAAGCCACGGAGAUGAGCAACAGACCCUCCGAAAUAAAGACAACAGACUCUAAAAGCACAGCUCUCAAGGCUGAAGAAUCCAGGAGCAGGAGAACUGAUUCAGACACUUCAGGUAUGGAACAAAUUCCACUACAUUUCUUUGUGAUCCCUGGUAUCAAGCAAUCAUCUCUGGGUCCUAGAACAGAGUAAAGGGCAAAGGAAUCCAGCAAGAUGUUUUGAUGCAUUCUCUUUCCUGCUUUUGCUCCAUUCUGAGAGUCCUACUCUGCAGAAACUUCCUCAAAGCCUAUCCUUAUGCUAUCUUUCAAGUGAUAGGCAUCACUUUGCUUCUUUCUGUGCUGGUAGAGUUUCUUAGUUCCCUGAAUCUCUCUCUCCAUCUUUUUUUUUUUUUUUUUGGCUGUGUCUGCAGCAUGCAGAAGUUCCCAGGCCAGGGAUCAAAUCCAACCCACAGCAGUGACUCAAGCCGCAAUAGUGAUGAUACCAGAUCCUUAACCUCUAGGCCACCAGAGAACUCCAGUUCUCUGAACCUCUAACUCAUUGUACCUGAACCACUCCCAGCUAGUUUUGCAGAACCUGAACACAGUAGGCCUCUUAUCCCUGUUGAUUUGGAAAGGAAGUGAUCCAGAACUUAAUUUCUUGGUAAAUCUAAAACCAAUAUCCCUAGCCCCUCUUCUCCUGCUUAUGUCUUUGGCCUCUGCUUGGCUGUCAGGUAACACCACUUAAAUUUUUUUUUUUUCUUUAUAUGUUCCCACACCUCACGAUCUUUAACUGGUAAAGAGUUUUUUGUUUUGUUUUGUUUUGUUUUUUUUGCUUGUUUGUUUUGUUUUUUUGUAGUGAGGUUUUAAGUGGAGGUUGUCAUGCAGGCACUGGUGGAGACCUCUCCACAUGCUUGUUGCUGACCCACUUCUAAGUUACUGUCUAACCUCUUGGAGGGGGUGUAGAAUAAGCCUCGGUUCCAAUCAUGCAUAAAAGAACAUCAUGGAAGGAACGCAGAAGCACAUUUCACUGAACUUAAAUGAAGAGGAGAAAAAUACCGAAAACACUUGAAGGCAUUUUAUUCACAGUUGCAAGAGUCCUACCAAAAAAAAAA